ACGCCAGGCGGCGCAAGAUAGAACGAUUCGCUUAUCUUUCCCUUAUUUCUUUUCUCAGGGGAUACAGAGAGAAGCCAAAGCUAAUAGAAGCACGAACGGCGUCGGGUUAGUCCGACGGAGGAACCAUGUCCUCGUCUCUUCUUCUCUCCGGUUCUACUGUAUCUUCUUCGUUUAUCGCUCCAUCUAAGCCUUCUCUCGUACGAAAUUCCAGUAAGACAUCACUGUUACCAUUUCGUAAUGUUUCGAGAAGCUUCAAAACCGUCAAGUGCACCGUUGAUUCUUCAUAUGGAGGCAAUGUUCCCACGUUCCCUCGGACGAGAGUUUGGGACCCGUACAAACGUCUAGGAGUUAGUCCAUAUGCUUCCGAGGAAGAAAUCUGGGCCUCUCGUAACUUUCUUUUACAGCAGUACGCUGGACAUGAAAGAAGCGAAGAGUCUAUAGAAGGAGCCUUUGAGAAGCUUCUCAUGUCUAGUUUUAUCAGAAGGAAGAAGACUAAAAUCAAUCUUAAAUCAAAGUUGAAGAAGAAAGUUGAGGAAUCUCCUCCGUGGCUCAAAGCUCUUCUCGAUUUCGUUGAAAUGCCUCCCAUGGACACUAUUUUCAGAAGACUUUUCCUCUUUGCCUUCAUGGGUGGUUGGAGUAUCAUGAACUCUGCAGAAGGCGGUCCUGCGUUUCAGGUGGCGGUAUCAUUGGCUGCGUGCGUAUAUUUUCUGAAUGAGAAGACAAAGAGCUUGGGGAGAGCUUGCUUAAUCGGAAUUGGAGCUUUAGUUGCCGGGUGGUUCUGCGGUUCGUUAAUCAUUCCCAUGAUUCCGACGUUUCUCAUUCAGCCUACAUGGACACUCGAGCUCCUAACAUCACUGGUCGCUUAUGUGUUUUUGUUUCUUUCUUGUACUUUCCUCAAGUAAGUUACGUUGUGGUUUUAUCCAAACUCUUUUUGUUCUUUUCGCCCAGACAUUUACAGAACCUUUCGGAAAAAUUAGUGAAAGUUGUUAAGUGUUUGAUUGGUUUCACAGUUUUCUUUUAUGCGUUAAUGUAAAUGACUUCAACGUGUUUGGUUUGUUCAUGAAAAACCAAAAAAUGUGCUAAGGUGAAUGGCUGUCACAUUAACGCAAUAUAAGACCAUGUACAUAGCAGACUUUUUAUGGGUAUCAGAAGCCCAAAACAUUAGAAACCCAAAACAUUAAAUUAAUAAAUAAAAC